GCACGCUGAAAGGUGAAGGAAGGAAAGAGCGUAGAUGUGCCAGUGUACAACUUUGCGACACAUGCUCGGGACCCGCACAUGAAAACAAUUUAUGGGGCCAACGUUGUGGUUUUUGAGGGCAUCAUGGCAUUUACCAGCAAAGAAUUGCUCAAGCUGAUGGAUCUGAAAGUGUUUGUUGACACUGACUCAGAUGUGCGCUUAGCUCGCCGUCUGCGCCGUGACAUCAGUGAAAGAGGCCGUGAACUGGAAGGUGUUUUGAAGCAAUACAACACCUUUGUGAAACCCUCUUUUGAACAUUACAUAGAGCCAACAAUGACAUAUGCAGAUAUCAUUGUGCCUCGUGGAGGAGACAAUGACGUGGCCAUCAAUUUGAUUGUCUUGCAUGUGCAUACUCAACUGCUUGCGCGUGGCUUCAAACUACGCAACCAGCUGGCCUCUGCAGAGCAUCGCUUCCAACCACUUCCAAACACUUUGUGCAUACUUGAGAAGACCCCGCAGGUACAUGGGAUCCACACAUUUAUACGUAAUGUUGAAACCAGCCGGGAUGAGUUCAUCUUCUACUCCAAACGUCUGAUGCGUCUUUUGUUUGAAUUUGCUCUUUCAAUGCUUCCAUUCAGGGAAAUGACUGUGGAGACACCUCAGGGUAUUGACUACACUGGCAAGAAAAUUUCUAACAUCAAGAUUGCAGGUGUGUCCAUACUUCGUGCAGGGGAGACAAUGGAACAGGCACUUCGGGAAGUGUGUAAAGAUGUCAGUAUUGGCAAGAUCCUCAUUCAGACUAACCUGGACACAGGAGAACCUGAGCUACACUAUUUGCGACUACCGAAGAACAUAAAGGAGUAUCAUAUCUUUCUCCACGAUGCAACCGUAGCAACAGGAGCUGCUGCUAUGAUGGCCAUCCGUGUCCUGCUGGAUCAUGAUGUUCCUGAGAGCAGCAUCACACUCUGCUCAUUGUUGAUGGCAGAAUCAGGGGUACACUCUGUGGCCUAUGCUUUCCCCAAAGUGAAGAUUGUGACAACUGCUGUGGACAAAGAGGUCAAUGAGAAAUUCCACAUCCUGCCUGGCAUAGGUAAUUUUGGUGAUCGAUUCUUUGGUACUGAUCUGACAGAAAACUAGCAGUGGUGUCAGGGCCAUAUCUGGCUUGUACAGUGGCCUGCCUUACAGUGGAAAUCUAGAAGCAUUUAUUAGUACCGGUGCAAGAAAUGGAGUACAAAUGUGUGAGAGACAGUGAGUUUGAACAAGUGUUGUUAAACAUUGUCUUUAAUUUUAUUGGCUUGGGUACUUGUUUCACUUGGUGAAAAUGAUUAUGUUUGUGUGUCAUUUCUUAAAUGUAUAGUGAAGGUUGAGUGCUGCUGUUGUGAGCUCAGAGGUCUGUCAUGUACCCUAUGUCCCCUAAAAUAUGCAUGCAUGUGUUUCAAAUACAUUUCAUGUAUAAUAAAACAAAUCAUGCAAUGAAACAUUCCACAACAUGCAUUGGAAAUUGUGCUAAAAACUUGAAGUGUUUUAAAAUUGUAUGAUAUGUUAGUGCUCCUGUUUGCUGGUAUUUGUUUUUAUGUCAGAUGUCUGUGGAUUUAAAAACUCUACCAUUAUUUUGCAUUGUGCAUGCAUCAUGUUUAAAACCUGCACAUUAAAUCCUUUGCAUGCACAUUUUAAUGGGGACCUGUGUGCUUGGAUGGACAUCUGAGCUGAUAGCAUAUCUCUCCUGCCAGUAAAGGCAAAAGAUGAGAUUUAUUUUAUUAAGUAAUUUUUUUCUGAAAUGGCAGUUUGUUGUUUUUUUUUACUUGAUUUCCCCAAUCAGCCUUGCCUACCAGACUCCACAUUUACAUUUUUUUCUCAGGUUUUAUAUGUACCUUAUAUAAGCAGGGACAAGGAUGUUUCUGAUCCUGGUUUGUAACUCAUGUUCAUCACCAAGAAGCCAUGGAAACUGCAAGGGGAUAUGUGUUCUUUCUUGCCAUUUAGAAAACGGAUUCAGAAUAUUUCAUUCUGGUACCUGGUAUAUGUGUUGAUAGCUCUAGUUAAGACCUUUGUUCUUUUUCUGUCUAUAAAGAUCCAUAGUUUACUUUAAGCUUCAGAUUAUAUCAUACAAUAAUAGAUAAGCUGUGUGAGUAGGUCACAGUUCCUGACCUCGCUAAAUGGUCCAGGUCACACACACAAAAAAAACAUUUUGAAACAAGAGUGUCAGCUUAACUCAAAAGGAGUCACUUCAUAGACCAUUGUUAUAAAUGUCUGUGCGAGUGCUAAGGCAGUUCAGGAAAACUAGUCAAUAUUUUAUUCUCCAUUGCUAAAGGUAGACUAAAGGAUGUAACUGAGGAUGUUGCUUGAGGAAUUAUCUUUAUGUAGUUAUUUUUCUGGGCAUUGUUUAGUUGGUUGUUUCCUGGCAAUUAUUUAAAAUUUUCUAGUCCUAUAGUGACUACAUAUCGAAAAUGGUGUGUCAGAGAUAAAAGGUUUCAUGUCGAUCCUAAGCUAAAAGGCCCCCAUAAACCUUAUGCAUAUGCAUAACUUAUUUCUGUGUUUAGAUUCCUUAUGGAUCAUCUCAUUGUUUUAACAAAGAAACUGGAUUUUUGGCAUUGGUAAGAUUUGUGAUAAUAUUAUCCAGUUUGGUGUAGUAGCCUACUUCAUGGCGUUUUUUUUCUAUAUAUACAAUUUACAUGCUGUUCUAAAUAGGAAAAAAAAGCUUGAAAAUUCUUUUAAGAAAAUUUGAAUUCUACUAAUGUUUAUCUAUUUAUAAGAACAAAAACCACAGUUGUAUAUUACAUGAUUAUUUUUUCAAAAUGAUAAAAAUUCAUGCAUCCAGCGAGAAAGACCUGUGCUGAAGGGGCAUGACUGGUGAAUCAAUAGAAUACUGAAUGCCAGUGGUUUUCUGGCACAUUUCUGAAAACCUUAAGGUCUUGGGAAAAGUUUAUUACAAUUAAGGUCUCAUGUAUUCAUCAAAACAUUAAAAACAAAAAUCAAAAAAGAAACUGAAAUCACUUGUAUAGGUUAAUAGGGAAAGGUUUUUACUGCUGCUGGAUUCUGGGUAGAAUAUAAGAGGUUUUAGUUUUAGAUGUUUAAACUUGUAUUUUAGUUUCAGGCCAUUUGGGCAGUCUGAUGGACAGUCAGUGAAGUUACCAGUGGCAUACGGGAAUGUGUUGAAGCAGUGAGAUUUUACUAAUGUCACACUGGACACAGUGGGUUUUCUUUGUUUUGUUUUAAAAUGUAGCAGCAUUCCUGGCCAAAUUUAGAUAUGCAGAGCUUUUAUCUUCCCGUCCACUUUGUCUCUGAUAAAGUGCAGACCUUCCAAAGAUCAGAGAUGAAAAAGAGUGGUUGAAAUGGAAGGUCUUUAUGAAUAUAUCUAUUUAAUAAUGCUUCUCCUCCUCUGCCUUGUGCUCCCCACCCCCCUGCCUCCCCAAAAUGCAAGACAUCCCAGAAUUCUGGGGCAAAAAUUAUAUCAGAGACUGGUUCUUUGAGAAGACAUUGCUUAUUUUGGAAAACACUGUUAAAAAGGUUUUACUAUCGAUGUUUUGCUGAUGAUAGGACAUAGUAAAGGAAGUAUAUGUGAUUAGCUUUUGUUAGUUCAGGAUAGAUGGCGUAGUGCAUCAUCAUUUCAUUGAAUUUUUCUGUUGAAGCAGUAAAGAUAUGGAUGAAAGAUUUCUUUUCGGAAUAUACUGUUGUUUGCGUAAGUGUACUUUCAUGGCCCAUAAGAUAUUAGUGUUAGAUAUAGAUUGGAACAGACACGACUUGCUCAGUCACUUUUGCUAUAUUGAUCUCCACAAAUCAGUUUUAUUCGACUUGGAUGGAUGGACAAGGGUAUGAGUCAGUCACCACCUUUGCCUAACACAAUGGAUGAUUGACUCAUCAGGACUCGGUUUAAAAAAAAUUUCUCAUAACCAAGUUCCGGGUAAACAAAUUUUGGUUUAAUACUGCAGUGAUGCUGAAGAUGCUUCCUCUAAAUAAUUCCCUAUUGAACAAGAGGAUUUUAAUUUAUUUUUAUUUCUGCAAUUUGAGAAUGUGUAUGACUUAGUGGUGUUUGUGUGUAGUCUAAAAUGUGUGUUUUAAAAUUGUCCCUUGAAUGCUAGUGGUUGUGUGAAGCAGGUUUGAAUGAGAACCAUGUGAAAGAUGAAUAUAUUUGAAUGAAUGGAAGAAAAUAGUUAACAAUGUAAACCUACAUUUACUUGUGGAAGCGGGCAUGUAUUUAGUGCUGAAGGCAAUAUUUAAAUUGUGCCAUUUUAAGUUUGUUUAAUUUUUGUAACAUAAAAGAAUUUACAUUUACACCCAGAUAAAGUUUGUGUUUGCAUUUUAGUUUUUCGGUGAUUAUUUUUGCAUUUCAUUGCCAUUUUUGGUUUUUGCUCGAUAUCAGACUCACAGUAAGAUUUCUGUUUGAAUGAAGAUCAGACACCAAAACAAGAAGAAAAUAAAGAUAUGUUCCUAUCUUGGCAUUUACAAGACUUAUUGUACAGACAUGUAUAUCCAUUUCCUUUGUGCAUUUAUAGCAUGAAGUGACUGGCUAACAGGAGCCCAGUUACUUCAGUCCUUUUCUAAAAACCUGAAGAAAGUACUCCAUGUAGGUCAGUACAGACAUCAUUUAUAACUUCAAUUCAUGGCUUCAGUUCACAUAAGUAAAGAUGAAUAUCAACUAAUUCUCAAUUUGUUUAUGACCAAGAAAAAAGAAAAUUCGGUUGCUGGAAAAGAUCAAAGCAUGUUUAGUGUCAUCAUAUUUACAAAGUUUUGGUAACUGACAUGAAUGUGUAUACAAAGAAAGGGAUUUUUUAUUCUCUUUUUGCUUCACCAUUUUUUUAAAGUUGCUUCUUUACUUAAGACUUCGUGAUUUCAGACUGGCAGUAAAAUUAGGUUUGUGAUAUUUCUGAGAAAACAAUCCUGAUAUUUUUUAAUUCUAGCUUUGGCGAAUGUUGCUGAAAUUCUGUGGAUGUUUCUUACAGAAGCUUAGAACGUUUUCUCUCAAGAAAUAUCACUUGUUCAAGAGAAAAAAACCCAGGGUCAUUCUGAAGUGGAACACAUUCAGAUCUGUUAUUUCAGGAAAAAUUGGCAGAAAGAAAAAACUGUUUAUUGCUACUUUUGUCUUUUUUGUUAUUGAGAUUAGUGGUCCAAACAAAUUUUUAUGAACAGGUAACAAUGAAAUACACUAAUGAAUGCAGAUGGAUAGCUACAUUUCUUUCCUAAUGAUCAAUUCCUAAUGUUCAUUGAAGCUUAGGUUUAUCCCCUCUCCCAGCCUGAGAGGAACUGAGCACCGACAAGCUAGGCUCAGAUUUUUUUUUAAUAACAUUGUAAAAACGCCAUUCCUGUUUUUGGUCAGCAUUAUCGAGGACCAAGGAUUAGUGUUUUAGCAGAAGGCACAGUCACAUGAUGUGUCAUUUUAUUCCCCCUCAGAAUUGGUAAAAACAGCUGUCUGCAUUGGAAGAAAAGAUUGCAUGUCAGCUGCUAAGAUCGUUGACAGGAUUCACUCUGUGAGAACCAUUUACACUAUUCCACAAGCCUUGUGAUUUUCAUAGAUGUCAAGUUUAUUUCAGCAUAAAACAUCAUUAUGUAAUUGUCCCCCUCGCCCAAAAAAAAAUCAAGCAGGAGGAAUAUUUUUUUUUUCUUUUUUCAUUCCCACACAUUAGUUUGAGCAUUUUAAAAUGUCAUUUUUGCUAUAACUUGGACAUGACACAGCGAUAACUUGCGACAAAGGAGCUUGUCAUUUGGAAAAUGCACAGUAACAGGUUCAGGACUGCAGGAAAACUAAUAGCAUUGGUUAUGUGCAGGAUACUUCGUAGAUUAUUAAUUUCAUUGGAGAUAUCAGCAUUUUGAGACAACCAGUAAACAAACAAACAAAUCCAAAACUUGUGUACCAUUGGUGGUGGAGUUAGCACCACAAUGAGGACUGAGGGACGUAGCUGUAGUUUCAUGUCAAGAGGGGUUAGUCACAUUGGAAGAUUAAGUGUUUUUUUUUUUAAAGACAGCAAAUUAUACCAUGCUUUUGACAACAAAACUGUUAAUGUAGCUAUUUCUACAGUUUUGUCUACACUUCAGACAAGAUGCCAUAUGAUGCUUGUCUGCACAUGAGGAUUUUCUUAAGUAAUUAUGAAAUGGACAGGUGGAUUUUUCUUUGCUGACAAAACCCUGCUUGAAGCAGGUGCCUUGGCUUGCCAGACAUUAAUUUGUUUCAUGUACAAUUUAAAUUGGUAACCGAGGAAAAGGAAUUAAGGCAAUAUUUGUAUGAUUUGCAUAAAAUGAAACAUAUUGUAACAAGCCACUUGUAGUGCUGCUGGGAGAAAUAUGAUAAAAAGUGUCUUUAACAUACAAUUGUUUUGUGCACAUUGUUCCCUUCUGAGGAUUUAUCUUGUGUUGCAAGAGGACAGAAAUAAACUUUGAAUAUCUUACCGGAGAGACAAGAGCGUGCAUGUAUUUUCAGGCAUGAAGUGUUUGUCAAGAGUUAUUCAAACAGUGUUCAAGAACAAUUUGCUGUGUAUUAUGAACGCAUUGUAUGGUCCAAAAGAAACUUCACACAUGAUCAGUAUUAUAAAUUUGUCCUAAAAUGCACAGCACCAGGAGCUUGCUAAAGGGGAGGGAGGACUUCUCCCACCCACAUUUCCUGUAGCUUUUUGGAAGUAACACCUCAGGCAUUUCAUUUUGACACAUUCUAUAAAAUGUGCUAACUAUAAAAGAUUAUGAUCUUUAUAGUUCAUGUUAUAAUGUUAUGCUUUAUUGUAAGAGUAUUUGUGCUAAAAUAAUUUUCCCCACAUCUUGAUAUCCCGAGCUUGGUAAACUGCUGGCAGAGGUCUUUAAUACAGAAAAAAUCUUUAAAGUGGACUUUAAUUAAACUGGGAUUUCUUUUUCUUAGACGAGGAAAGGAGUACAAAAGAGAUGAGAGUUGUGAAGAUUUUUCCUUUGUAUAUAAAUAAUUAACUUUGACAUAUCUUCUCAGUAAAUACAAACUGUGCCAUUCUGAUAACAAGAAAACAAUGUAUAUAAAGCCCUUUGAAUUAAAUUAUUCUUACGGGCA